AUGAGGUCAAUCGGAGGUUACGGGCAACGCAGCCGGUCGGCGCGGGCCGCGACGGGAUGUGGCAUUCGCAUCCUCGGGCUUCCCGCGCCCCCGCACCGCCGCCCGCACACCGCCGACGCCUGCCCCGAGACCGCCGAAAACCACGUGCGCGCACUCGCGACCAGCCAGCUUACUGGAGCUCCUGCCGAGUUGUCAAAGUUGUUGGCCGCGAUUAUUUUCGACUGUCACAGAGCAGAGAGGGGAUUAUGCGUGCAGACAGUUGGACCGGUCAAUCAAUGGGAUUACAAGCCCGGUUGGGACGCAUAUGUAUCCCGCAUCGCUACAUUUGUUUAUCAACUUCUCGUGCCAUUAGGGGAAGACCAU